GAUCAGGCUCAGUGGCUGCCGAGCCGCUACAGACGCGGUCGACGAGCGCGUGAGCCCCGUUCUAACACGGGUCGUGGCGGCGCUGGCGCGGGAUGCGCCGCCAUGCCGGUACGACACCGCGAACUCAGCGACGACCUCGCAGCCCCGGAGCCCAAGCGCUGCAGGCAUUGCGACGAGAGUCGUUCGUCGUGUGGCGGAGGCGGUGGGUCGGAGGGCUCGGAGGGGCGCGCGUCGUGGCGCGUGACGCUGGACCACGACUUGGUUGAGACCCUCAGCGCGAUAUACCCCGAGUGGUUCAAGCAGCCGCGCCGCGACCGCAGCCGCGCCGCUUCGCCCGCCCACUCGCCCGACCACUCGCCCGCCACGCCGCAGACGCCCGAGACGCCACCCGAGGACGAUAACUUUAGUUCGGGUGCUGAGGAGAUGGCCGGCCGUCAAGCGAGUGGUAGCGGUACCAGCGAGCCGCCGAGCUCGCCCCCGCGCAUUUCGCCCCCGAAGGUUGUCGUCGACGACAGUCCACUUCAGCCCGCAAUGGGCAAACACAAAGAAUCACUAAAGGUGAAGCUCAUGAUGAGGCGUCCUUUCAACCAGCUGGUGGCGCAGGGAAUCAUGCCACCACUAAAAACGCCGCCUGCGUAUUUCAAGCAGCGAAUGCAGUUGGAGAGAGCGAAAACAGGCGAUUUGCUCAAAGCAAAAAUUCAAAGUCGACCAGAUCGUCAAGAACUAGAGCGAAGACACAUAUUGGAGCAAGAAAGCCAUGUAGAUCCCAGUUUGGCUGAGAAACAGCGAAUGCUAAAGAAAGCCCGCUUGGCGGAUCAGUUGAACGACCAAUUGUCGCAUAGACCCGGUCCGCUCGAGCUGAUAAAGAAGAAUAUACUACAUACUGAGGAGAACAUAGAGACAGCUGUAAAGAGCGGAGUCCUAGAGUUUAAGGCUACUAGCGAAGGCGCGUCGGGACGCCCACAGCACCCGUCGGUGUACUGCGGGCCGCCGGAGGAGGUCUCGCCGUCACCUUCACCGCCCUCGACACUCUCGCCCGCGAGCGUCACCCCCCACGCCUCCAGCCCCCAGCACCCCGCGCCCGGCAAGGAUAAAUAUCGCAAGAAGUGCAAGCAGAAGCCUAAGUCGCGGUUCAAAUUCCACGAGUACAAGGGCCCUCCGAACGCUCAAAAGGCUUGCACGCCCCCAGAUUCGAUGGAGACCCCGUACGAGCUGCUCCUUCAGCAACAGCAGCUGCUCCUUCAGCUUAUGCUGCCCGCGUCGCCCGCGCCCUCUUCGGCCGCGUCCGUUGCCUCGGACUCGUCGGACGCGCUUUGUGCGCUGGCCGCACCGCCGCCACCACCGCUGCCACCCGCGCCCUCGGUCACGCCGGUCUCAUUCGCCGCCGCUCGCUUCGAGGAUAUGAAGGUGUCUGACCUGCGCGCCGAAUGCAAGCGCCGCAACCUGCGCGUCUCAGGGCCUAAGCCGCAACUGAUUGAUCGCCUUCGUCCCUACCUUGAGAUGCAGGAAGAGUCGCCGCGAUCUCCCGUCUCUGUCGCGUCGCCCGAAUCCAAAGCGGAUUCGGAACCCUCCGAGGAUAUCGUGCAAUCGCAACGUCGACUUAUAGAGGAGCUCGAACGCCAGCUUGAUGAGUCGCGGCAGCAGUUGGAGGCGGUCCGUCGGGAAGCCGCCGGAGCGGCGGCUAGUGAUCAGAGUAGAAGAUUGCUGCAAGCUCACUUGUGCGUCACGCAGUUGCGAGCGAAACUCGACGCACUCCAGCAGCCGUCUAAUCCUGUCCCUGCGCCGCAGCGGUACGUGAUAGCGACACCCGACGCGACUCCCGACCGCCUCGUCCGCCUGUUCACCGUCACGCCGCCGUCCGCAACGGGAGACGUGAGUUCCGAUGCGACGAGCGCGAAGUCGAAUCAGGCCUACAUCCUAAACGGUGUCAAAGUCGUCCCGAUAGCAAUUCUCCCAACGGCGCAUUAUGAACCCGAACGCGUACCGCCUCCACCCCCGCCACCUCCGCCGCCCCUGCCGCCCGUUACACAACAGCCCGGGCCUACGAUGCUCCACGACAACACUGAGGACAGUCAAAUCAUGGACGACGUUUUAGAGAUUCUCGUCGAAAAUGGAGAGCUUCCAGCGUCUGCAGUCGGCGAUGGAACGCCGAAUAGAUCUCUCGAUGCCGGUUAUCUCACGGCUUCUAGUGAAUUCACCCCUACGGACGUAUUGAGUGACGAUAUUCUCGGAGAUUCGCACGUGCGUCAUUCGCUCGCUGCGGACGAGCUACAGCGGGAGCUAGACGAUAUUCAAAAUGAAAUCAUGAGCCACGCCGACUUGAACGCUAUCAACGAUCGGUGCGACAUGGAUUCGUCAGUCACCGAUAUCGAUCAUGAUCUAAACGUAGAUUUACUCGCGAAUAAUGAGUUUAAUGCCAACUUCGGUGGUUCGGAUUCAACUUCGGGUAACCAUGACGACUUUUUCGGUAGAUUCCUUGGGGACGAUACUCAUGGCGCGAUGGACAUUGACGACGAAGUGCCCGAAAGAAUGAGUAUGACACCUCUCACCAAUGGAGACAUCUUGGAUCAUUCGCGAACCGGGUUUGUGGAUAUGAACGAAUUGUCGUUGCCUUCUUUCCACAAUGAGGAUACACGACACAAUGAUUUCGAGGAUCGCACCUGUGACUUCGAUUUCAAAGAUUUCGAUCUCAGUUCGAACAUGAAUGUGGACGGUGACACGUACGACUACAUGAACACUGAGCUGAUACCGAACAUAUUCGGACGCGGUCACAUGCCUCAGUGCGACCCGGUGCUUGGAGGCGUACUGGCGCGGCCGGCGCCGCGUCCAGCUCGGAAGCACUACUCGUGGGACAAGAUCGAGUACGACGCCACCUGACCCACGCGAGCUUGUUUGGGACAUUGAGUGGCGCUCUCUAAAGAUACCUACACAUAACACAUGAUCUCUUAGUACUCGUGUCGCCGUGUCACCUGCGCCUCGCCCGUCGGGAGUUCGCGACGAGAAACGCUCGGAAAAUAUGUGCUCCCGUUGUCGCUUUGAAAACGUUUGCGUGGCGUUAGAUUUAAAGUGAAAUAUUAGUUAUUACAAUACCGGGUAGCGGUUGAAGUAACAUGACGCUAGUCUCGAUGCGGUUACGCGAUCCACGAUGGUGACUUAGUGAGGACUAGACGUAAUAUUAGAUUUAAUCUCUUGAAACACAUAGUGUUUGCAGUGGUGAGAGGACCGGGUGGAUAUUAUUUGGUACUUAAUAUAUGAUACGUAUGUUUGUAUCGCUAGAUGUACUGUAGUGUAAGUGAUUUGUGUUCUAUUUAUUAGUGAGUGUUGAGUGUCCGUCACCAUCGUGUGUGACAUACUCGGCUCACGUAUCUAUAAUUAAUCCAUUUUAUUUACUGAGGCAUAUCUACUUAUGUAUAUAAUGAAAGUGUUUAAAAAAUACUCAACAUAGUUGUGGAUAAACUGCAUUCCGCCCUAUGACUAAAACUGAGGGGAAAAAAAUAAGGGAUACCUGCGCUUGAUGAGAUCUAACUAUCAUAAGACACUGUAGACGUGUUGUUGAAGGUCUAUCUAUGCAAAUUUUGCUUAUUUCCCGAAUCAAUAAGUGACAUUCCAGUCUUGUUGAAGUGCAAAUUGUGGCACAUCUGUAUUCUCAUCUCCCUUUUACGUAGUUCCAUAAAAAAUAUGCCAAUUAACCUCGUAAAGUGGAGUUAAAAGGGAGAGAGCAAAUGCAUAUUCACAAGUCAUCGUCAUGGGUGGGACCAGCUUGGGAACAAUAUUAGAUAUGAUUCAUUUAGUAGUAAACGUAGGGAGCCGGCUCCGCACAUGCAAACAAUUAUGCAGGCAUUCUUAUUCCAUUGUUUGUAAAUUGUACCUACAUCUUCCACUUAUUGUUUAAGUCUAUAGACCCUUCGUAAAGUUGUGUUAGUGUGGUGUAAAUGAUUCAACACAAUGUUCUACUAAUUUGUUUAAUAUUUAUUUUAAUCUUAAUAAAUUAUUAUAAAUAUUGUAUAAACGUAACAUUCUUGAAAAAGUAUCAUUCCAGUAUAUUGUCUAAAGCUUAGGAUAGGUGCACCUUUAUGGAUAUUUUUUUUUCACAAUGUAAGAUUGUUUGCAUAAUUGUUUGUUAGGUAAUUUAAAAAUAUUUAUUUAUCCUUUAUAGUACCUAUUUGAUUUUAACAAGUUUAUCGAUUCGUAUUUUUCAUUUAGAAGGUAUGUGUUUUUUGUGUUCACAACUUUUGGCUAUUUAUGAAAAACCAUACAUGGGAAUGUAUAUGCCAUUAUUUGCAUUUAUAUUGUUAAUUUAUAAUGUACCCAUAGCGACAACGAAUGUGGCCUCACUGCCCCUAUGUGCCAAUAUUACAAUACAUAUUACUUGAAAAUUUCAAAUGCAUAUUUCCAUAAGUAGUUUAUUUAUUAUAUUUGAUAAGGUUUCUUUCGCCAGUGGUCUGAAUGUUAACUAUGUUGGUAGAGAUAUGUGUUAGUACUUUAGGAUAUAAACCAAUAAUUCUAAAGUACAUUCACAUAUGGUUGGUGCUAUAAGUAUGUAAGUAAAAUAUUAUAUUGAAUUACGUUUAUAUAAUAAGAUAAUUAACAACUUAAAAAAAACUUAAUAGUCAUUAUUAUUUAAAAGUGUAAACAUAAACUUGAUGAACAGUUCAAUCUGAAAUGUUUAAUUUCACAUAUUUAUUAUAUCACUGAAGUAUGUUACAACUAAAAUAAUUAUUGUGAAGUUAUGUUUUGUUUUUGCUUUACUAAAAUUAAGUGAUAUUCCAUUAUCUAAGUAAAUUAAAACUAAUUAAAUUUCUAAUUGCUCAGCCAAGUUGUACCUAUCCAUUUUAGCCAAUUAUACUAAACCUUUAAAGGUAUACUUGUAAGGAAGAUUUAAAUUACUCUCUGUCUUGGAAGACUUCCCUAAUUGAGUGUGUUGUAAGCUUGGUAUACCGUUUUUGGAGGUGUAAGGAAUAAGAAGUGAGAUUAAAGUUGGAUAAUAGUAUACCUAUGUAUCUGCAUAUUUGUUAUUGUUGUAAUUAUUGUAGGAGAGUUUUAACAUUUGUUUUCUAAUAGUUUAUAUUUGGAAGUGAUAUACAGUGCUGAAUUUGAAUAAUUCAUGCGGUUUACAAUAUAACUAGAAUAACUGGCUUUGUUAUAUUGUAUAGAUAUUAACCAUUAUAUUUCUUUUAAAAUUAUUUUUGAAGCUAUCUUCAUUGCAAUAAACAAAGCAAUAAUAAUUAAACAAUAUUGGUAAACAGUAUAAGUAUAUUUGAGUAAACGGUAUUUAUUCUAUGGCUGAGCCUGGUAUGCAUAAUCUUUGUGAUAUGGUUAAUCUUGAUUGCAAUUACCUGUAAAGAACAGUUUUUUACCUUGCCGUAUGAUGAAGCCUUGUAAAUAAUUACCAAGCCUUUACUAGUAUGUGUAAGGAAUUGUUGAAACAAAAGUUUUGAUAUAAA